UUGUGCCCAUCGGAAUUUUUAAUUAAAAUUUUUCUACGCGAUUAUUUGAUAAAAUUUAAUAUUACGCACCCACAUAAACAGUACCACCAAUUAAGACCAUGCAUUGAGGGGCACGCGUAUUAUUUAACUUUACCAUGUAAAAAAAGGAUUUGCGAGUAGAGUGGAGUCUUGCUAUAUCAGGAUUCUGUCAAUCUAAUGGAUAGAAAAUUGGCGACAAUAAAAAUUAGGAAUAAAGAGGUACAUUGUAUAUAAACGAUCGGCUAUAAAGCGCGACUGAAGGUCCCGCGAACUACAUCGUAUUAUCCCAGGAUUACGCACACAGGGAGAAUAAUUAUGGGCUUGCGCAGAUCGUUCGUCGGGGUUAGGGUGAGGGUGGCUAAGGAGAAAUAAAGCCUCGAGCCCAGCCGGUGAAUGCGGCCGCGAAUAGCGAAAUUUCUCCAAUCCGUCUCGUUCUCCCAGAAACCAGAAAAUCUCUACUUAGUCCAAAGUUAAUCGUUCCGCUGGUUUGAACACGCUGGAACAUUGGCAGCUGGUCACAACGUUUUCCUGGAUGCCGAGGCAUGCGCCCUAAAAACUCUGGGAUUGAUGUAUUGCAGAGCGCAGAUCUGCAUUUAUUACCUGCUGUGGACAGCAAUACUGAGUCCGAGACUUACUUUAGAACAAGAAACCAGUACCGUGAGAAGUUGGGAUUGCCCUGCAGAAUGCAUUUGUCUCUCUCCGAAACAGGUUCUUUGCAAUACAGGUGGGCUAAAAGACAUCCCCACUCAACAACUGCCUCAAACAGUGGAGGAACUCUCUUUGAUGAAGAACAACUUCCCGGUAAUAAAAGGCGAUGCAUUUGCCGGAUUGAGAGUCCUGCGAAAACUAACGAUGGAUGGUAAUAAUAUUUCUACGAUACGUCCAUUCGCGUUCCGAGGACUAAGUCGAUUACGUGAACUGUCUAUCCAAUGUACUCCUUUACCGUUCAUCGAAAAGUUUUCGUUUGCAGCUCUGCAAAAUGUAUCCGUAUUAUUGCUGACAAAUAAUAAGAUUCGAUAUAUCGAAGGAUACUCUUUCGCUGGCACGUCGAACAUACGCGUGAUAUUAUUGAGCAACAAUCCAUUGCUCAGAAUUCAAAGUCACGCGUUUUCAGGCCUAACGAACGUUGUACACUUGAUCUUUCCUUCGGGAAUUAGAACCAUCGAGCCAGACGCUUUUGAUGGUCUGCAACACGUUGGUCUACUUAAAUUAACUUACAUGGAUCUGUCUUCCCUUCAGUCCUACACAUUUCGCGGUCUCUUCCAUGUACACGCGUUAAAUAUUCAAGAAAGUGACUUAGGCAUUAUCGAGAAAGAUGCCUUUACUGGCCUGAAUCACGUGGAUCGGUUAAACAUAUUAAAUAACAAGAUUGAUUUCAUCGAAAGACUAUUCUUGAAGAACGAUAAUAACGUAGAAUUGCUCAGGUUUCAUGGAAAUCACGUAUUGGAAGCGCCUCGCCAUGCUAAAGACAUCAGCCUUGAAGUUGAUUCUAUCAGCGCCAUCGAAAAUCAUUUUCCCUGCGAUUGUCAGGCGCACAAUAUCUUAGAGAGCGACUUCGUGAAUGGCACCGUUAACGAAUUUCAAAAAAAAAAUUACUGUAUUUCACCCAUCGAGUACAAUGGAAAGCCUAUGAACCUCGUCGACUUCGAUUUGAUUGCAAGAUGUCAUGAUAAUGUUGUGCAGGAUAAUCUUGGGUCUGGAGUCGUCGGAAUUUUUAUACUGCCGACAACGCUAUUCCUCAUUCUUUUGUUUUCUAUGAAUCUCUUUCAAUAAGGUCAAGGUUUAUGUUGAGAUUUCAGUCUAAAUUAAAAUUGGAAUUCUACCUCGACUAAUUUACAGAGUAAUAGACAAUUUUGUAAUUUGUUUCUCCCCAGGCGAGGAAAUAAUAUUUCAGUAUUUUAAUUUGUGAUUUUAGUAUUAAAUUUAAAUGUAGUUUUAUACUUUGUUCACUUUUAGAUAUUAAAUAUUAUUUGUAAAAAAGCCACGAAUAUAAAAAGUACAUUACUAAGACAGGUGAUUGUUACAUGUAUUUUAUUAAAAUAAGAUGCAUAACAUCAAAAUAAUCAAUCUAAUAUUUGAAAUAGUCUUGUAAUUUGAAAAAAAUAAGACUUAUAUGAUCAGCUACUGUUAUAACUUCACUUUGUGGAAUCACUAUUAAAAGUUACCAAGGACUCUUAUUAACGUUCACCAUAUUCUCGAUUGUAAUUCGCACAAUCUCAAGCAUGCGACUACGAGCUUUAACCGAUCCAUGUAAGCGGUUCGACGAAAUUGCAUACAUAUGGAUUAAUUCUGUAAAUUAGGGGUGAUUUUAUCACGCGAUUUAACCAUGCCAUAUAUUACUUCAUAUCAAGUUAACCUCUCGUAUUGUUCAUAUUUUAAUUUCCUUGGAUUACUCUCAAAAUAUUGUAUAAAAAUGUUAAAUCUAAAUAUCUUAGUAUAUAAGUUUGAUUAAUUGAUUGAUGUUACAUAGUUGCACAACAUGUACAAAACAAGGGGUUAACAAUCAGAUUUAAAAAGUAACUUUCGAUGACGAUAAUGAAAGUAUAUAGAGAUUAAGGAUAUAAUAAAUUCAACUUGUAAGAAGAUCCUUUAUCCAAAUGAAAAAAUUUACGCGAUUUGAAAAAAUGAAUAGUUAUAAUUUAUGCUUGGAAAGUUAACUCUUUGAGAUACGAAAUACUUAUUCUAUUUACAAAUUUGUAUUGUUAAUUGACAAAUAAUUAUAUUGCAUUGUAUAUAUUAAAGUUGCUUUGUUUUCAAGAUUUAAAAUGAUCGUUGACAUAUCCGUAGAGUUAACUUAUUGAAUGAUUGUUCUACAUGUACGUAAGCUUCUGUGCAUAAAAAAACUACUUGAAAAAAUGAGAUUUAUUAUGCAAGAACAUAUUUUGACGCUAUCGAUUAGCCAAAUUUUCCUAGUAAACUAUAUAUAGUUAUUUCUUAGAUCUUCAAAAUAAUUUUUGUGAACGAUGCUAUUCAUGUCAUGUAAAUUAAUAGGCAGUUACAAUUUAUUGACAAAAAUUUGAUCAUUUUAUCAAUUAGGUUUUUGACCGAAAAUUAAUCAUUAAUGUAUUAUGCUUAUAACUAUAAAAGAAGAGGGAAUUAAUUUUUCCCGUGCCAUUUUUAAUGUAAAAUUUGCAUGGCCUUCGGUCAGCAUAGUAACCGAGGACCAAACUAGCUUAUAUUUUUUACCAACAUCUAUUAUUAUAACGGUAUAACAAAAUUAAUAAUUAAAUAGUAUAACCUUUUAUUGUAGUUAAAAAUGGUCUGUCAUUUAAUAAACGACAAAAAUCGACACUCGCGUAUUCUUAAUAAUAUGCUUUGCUGUUGUUUCUCGUGAAAAUGAAGAUGUUCAUGAGCCAUUUAACAGCAACUCUUUAGAAAGGAACAUUGAAAUGUAUUGAAAAAUUUAGAGUCCGCAGGUUUAUAAUAUAAAUAUAUAAGUAACAUUUAAAACUGAUGUGAUACAUUUUUUAUUACAGUUAGAGCAUAAUGUAAUUCUGUACUAAUUUUAAUUAAAUAUAAAAUUUUUAUUUUA